AUGCCAAGUCAACUCCAGAGUGCCAUGGAUGCACUUAUAACAGUUUUCUACAAAUACUCCGGGAACGAUGGAGACAAAUACAAGCUCAACAAGGGAGAGCUGAAACAGCUACUGAACAGUGAACUCACUGACUUUCUCAUGUCUCAGAAAGACCCCAUGCUGGUGGAGAAGAUCAUGAAUGAUCUGGACUCCAACAAAGACAACGAGGUGGACUUCAAUGAGUUUGUGGUUCUGGUGGCGGCCCUGACCGUAGCCUGCAACGACUUCUUCCAGGAGAAGCAGAAGAAGAAAGCCAACUAA